AUGGAAAUAGGUCCUUUGGAUGACCCUGUUGACCAGGGAACAGGCCUCCCAAAAAGCUUCGACCUUGACUUGAAAGACGCCCGACCGCUUUUGAUAAAGGUCCGGGAUUUCCCGUAUUGGCAGAAACAGGUCAUCUCGCAGCUCAGAGCGGUGCACCUGGAGAACCUUGUUGACAUCUCACUUCCCCAUCCAAAAACUUCCAACCCCAACUACACGCGCUGGGUACAAUUCUCACGCCGCGUGAAGCUGUGGCUGACCAAAUCUGUUUCCAAACUCCUUGCAACGAAAAUCAAUUCAGGACCUUCACCUAUCGAGUUCGCGCACGAGUUUAUGGGAGAGACCAUGGCGUUGUUUGAUAAUCAUGACAAAGGAGUUCACGAGGAUCUCGUUGGAGUCCGUAUCAUCACGGAUAUCCAAUCCAUCAGGGUUAUGACGUGUGAACGGGCAAUUGAGGCUAUUUGGGACUACAAAGAUUCGUUCAAGGACAUGCUUGAAGCGGACAUCGCCAUCUCACCAUACUUCGCGUUUUGUUCGCUUCUGAACGCCCUUGACGUGCCCAGAUUCCAGCACAUCCAUGCUGUCAUGAUAGGGAAGCUUGAGCGGGCCGAGGUCACAGACCCCUGGAAGACCUUCACCGAUUCCCACUUUCAUGUCCUCUGCUUUGAAGCGAUCAACCUUCUCCAAAAAGAGCCUGAGUGGCGAGUCGCUCUGCGCUCCGAAGCACCUUCACCCGAGGAUUUUACGGUAUCUUUCCCUUCGCACUCUCGAUCCAAGAAGGCCCUACAUAAAUUGACUGCCAACAAGGGCGACAUGGUCGAUGAGCAAAUUAUCCGGAAUGGCCCUCCUGCAGGCGUGGGUGAUGCAGCAUUUGUUCAAAACUUGUUCCAGGCCCUUCCCAAGCGUCUAAGGAAUGGAAAAUGUUCCUACUGCGGCCUUACCCAUGACUUGAACGAAUGCUUUUACUUGAACGUGGAAUGGAGACCAGACUGGUUCAGGCCCCUGGAGGGAAUUUGGGUGUACCAACCCAUGAUGCACAAGGGCAAUCUCCAGGACCAGCCCGCAACAACGCCUGCCACGACGCCCGCCGUGGACCCCAUGCCCGAAAAGCAAAGCUAUGCAACCGUUGCUGCUGUGAAAGGUCCAGCUGCCGCCGCCACCAAGAAAACAAAUCCAGCCCCGGCCAAGAAAGCCGACCUACCUCCCACCACGAAGGCCGGCCUGGCUCUGAUCCAAAAGGCAGCUCCAACUCCCAACAAAGAUGACCCAGCUGCAGUAGAAAAGGUUGCCCCAUCCUCCCCCGGUUUGGCGAGGGUCCAACAAGUCUUAGCAAAGAAGGUUGAUUCAGGUCCCUCCAAGAAACAUAAGAUCGUCAUCACAAAGCCGGUAGAUGAUAGCUUCUUCACCUUCUUGAAGGUGCAAGGCACUCCGUUUGACCCAUUGCUGUUGUUCACUGCCUCGCACAAGGACUGGCUCAUAGUCGACGACCUGCCUGUGCACGUCUGUGGCGAUCGAGCCUACUUGGUUGAGUAUCACGAAUUUAGAUGUGGGGAGUCUUUUGAAUGGAGCUGGAAUACAGGAAAGAAAACCAUUGUUUGCAAAGCGGCAGGCAAAGGAAAGGCCAAGAUCCCCUUGCAGAAAGAAGAUGGAACUGUGCAUGAGAUUGUUGUUGAAUGCUAUUUCCAACCUGCCGUCCGGUUCAACCUGUUCUCCCUGGCAAAGGCAAAGGCCGACCUUUCAAUCCGCCAUGAUCGUUCUUCGCGUUUUAUUACCAGGAUAUCCCAGGAUACUGAGACGAUUGUCAUUGAGAUCAUUGGAAGGAGUGUCGAAGAGAACAGGCAAUUCUUCCUCCGCACACCGGAUUCGACCAUCAACCUGAAUCAAGUCUCUCACAUCCUGGUGCCAGUCGACUAG